AUGGCCCUGUCUGUGGCCACCACGCACACCUGGCAACUCGACCUUGCAACGGACAGUAACUCUCAUACCAUGGACAGCUCAUCGAACGGUCCUUCCCGUGGUGCUCAAGAUACCACAGAAGCCUCUACCCCAACAGUUGGUACUCAGCCAGGCAGCAGCUUAGGCCAUGGCCAGCCUACAGGCAAUCAACUGUAUCACACGGGAGGGGCUUUUCCCGCUCCUCCCCAGUACUUUGACCCAAAUCAGCAAAUUGCGUGGGCUUAUCAGCAAAUGAUGAUGCAGCAAGCGGCUCUGGCCCAACAGCAUCAUCAAAAUCAGUUCAAUCAGGCUAUGGCUGAAUUGGGAAGA